AUGCCUUCUCAUUUAAUUGGGCCUGUUAAAUAUGUUCCAAAUAAUGGUAUAUUGAUAAAUAAAGAAGAAAAUUGCAAAAAUAAUAAAAGGGAUGAAGUUAUUGAAGAUGAGUUAGGAUUAAAUUUUAAAAAUUAUUCUGUAGAAGAGGAUUAUGAAUUGUUAGAUGAUUUAGGAAGUGGACAAUUUGCUUUUGUCAAAAAAGUUAGGCAUCGGAAGACGGGACAAUAUUAUGCUGCAAAAUUUAUUAAGAAACGUCGUAUAGCAACCUCUAGACGUGGAGUUCCAAGAUCUCAUAUUAAAAGAGAAAUUGAAGUUUUAAAAUUAGUUGGUGGUCAUAAAAAUGUUAUUCAAUUGUAUAAUGUAUAUGAGACAUCAGAUUUAAUUAUUUUAAUUCUUGAAUUAAUUAAUGGUGGUGAAUUAUUUGAUCAUGUCUGUGAAAAGGGUGUCUUACCUGAAAAUGAAGCAGCAGCAUUUAUAAAACAAAUUUUAGAAGGAAUAAAACAUUUACAUAGUCUUAAAGUAUGCCAUUUAGAUAUUAAACCAGAAAAUAUUAUGUUACUAAAGAAAGAUGAACCAAAUAUUAAGUUAAUUGAUUUUGGAUUAUCAAGAAUUAUAUUACCUGGAUUUCCUGUUAAAGAUAUGAUUGGAACUCCAGAAUUUGUCGCUCCAGAAGUAAUAAAUUACGAGUACCUUUCCUCAGCAACUGAUAUGUGGGCACUUGGUGUUGUAACAUAUAUUUUAUUGAGUAAUGGAUCCCCAUUUUUGGGUGAAUCAAGAGAAGAAACUUUUUGUAAUAUUACAGCAGCAAACUAUCAUUUAAGUGAUCGUUAUUUUGGAAAAGUUUCAAUGGCUGCAAAAGAUUUUAUCAAAAAUUUAUUAGUUAUAAAUCAGGAAGAAAGAAUGACAGCAUCUAAAAGUCUUGAACAUUCAUGGAUUCGUGGAUAUUUUAGUCUUGAAACAGAAAAAGUAUUAAAAAGUAUGGAUAAUUUACAAAUUACAGAUGGAAAAAAAUCUUUUAUUCCACAUGAAUAUUGGAAAAAAAUCUAUUUCAAAAUACGCUUCAUAAAUCGCCUCACAAUGAAAGUUAGACGAGAAAUAGAGGAAGGUAAAGCAUCUGAUCUCACAAUAUCGACGAAAUAUGAUCCAGAAGAAUAUGUGAUAAGUGCUGUUUUAGUGGCAUGUGAAGAAGGAAAUUUAGUUGGGUUGGAGCAAUUAGCAAUAAGACAUGAAGUUAAUUUAAAUGUAGCAAAUAAACUUGGUGAAACUUCUAUGCAUGUUGCAUCUGGAACUGGAAAUGAUAAAGUUGUUAUGUAUUUACGUAGUCAGAAUGUUCCUGUUGAUGUUAAAGAUCGUAGAGGUGAUACUCCAUUAAUUUGGGCUGCAAGAAAUGGUCAUAAUAAUGUAAUAAGAAUUCUUUGUAAAGAUAAAAAUGUAAAUAUUAAUCAUGUUAACAAAUCAGGUGAAACAGCUUUGCACGUAGCAACUAGGUAUAGUCAAUUUGCCUCUGUACAAACACUCUUAGAAAAUGGAGCAAAUCCAAAUAUUCAAGAUGAACAUGGUGAAUCUUCUCUUCAUAUUGCAUCAUGGCAUGGUUAUUCAAAUUGUUUAGAUAUUCUUUGUAAAUAUAAUCCAAAUCUGAAAUUAACUAAUCAGGUAAAAUAA